AUCGAAGCGAAAAUAAACUAACAAUCGUUUCUAACGUAACAGACUAAUUUCCUAAUACAAUCCAACAGUUACCUAUCCAAACCUUACACAGAUUUUGAAACGUCAAGUUCUACAGAAAAUUUCUAGUGAUUAAACCACUUUUUCAUUACGUCAUUAUCAAUUGAUAGCACGAUAGAACAGGAAUACCUUUAAUUUCGUUAAAAAAUGAAGUGGUUCGAAGGCAGCAUCAAUGAAGCAGUAGCAACAUCAAAAUCUAGGAAAGCAGUUUUCGUCGUUUUUAUUGAAGGAAAGGAUGACACAUCUGUAGAAGUUGCUGAGGCAAUCAAUGCUACAGAAGUCUCUAGUCGGUUGGAACAAGAAGAUUUUGUAGCAAUUCGAUUAGAAAGUGGAUCUGAAACAUACAGAUUCUUUGUUCAGAUUUAUCAACUGGUACCUGUACCAUCCAUAUUCUUUAUUGGUGAGAAUGGCACACCCUUGGAAAUUGUAGCCGGCACUACAACAGCAGCUGAAUUAGCUUCUAAAAUUGAUAUAGUUCUAUCAAAAGCAGGAAAAAAUAAAAAUGCUUCUGUUAAUUUGAUCAAUGCUGAACAAAUAGCAGCUGCUGCUAGCAGUGCUACCAGUUCUAAUAUAAAAGCUACUGUAGAUCAAAAAACUGAUAGCACAGUAAAAUCAAAUGUGGAAGUACCACAAACCAAAUUAGAAAAUGAGAAUGAUAAGAUAAUUGCAAAUAAUAUAAAAGAUGAACCAUCUACAAGUCUGAAAGCUACUGAACUACCAAAACCUGUUAGUGGAACAAUGGAAGUACCUACCAAAGAGUUGACAACACAAGAAAAAAUGGAACGAGCGCAGCAAUUGAUAGAAGUGCAAAGAAAGCAACGUGUAGAGGAGGAGGAAAAAAAAGAAAGGGAAAGGGAAAUAGAACGUCGUAAAAUCGGACGCGAUGUACAAAAAAUGCGACAAACCCAGCAAGACUUAGAAAUGAAACAGGCUUUCGAGGAGAGAAUGAGGGAGAAAGCUGCUGAUGCAGCAGCUAGAGAAAAGGUUCUCCAGCAAAUUGCUCAUGAUAAAUUGGAAAGAAAACAAAGAGAACUAGCUAUGCAGCAACAAGUGCAACAGCAAAAUACUCCAGAACCGGUUGAACAACCCCAAUCAUCUGUAUCCACAACAACUCUGGGUAGAAUACAAUUUCGUUUACCUUCUGGUAAUCCUUAUAUCGGACAAUUCAAACCGACAGAUACUCUACGUGAUUUGCGUAAUUACGUGGUCGAGAACAUUGAUCUACCUUUUCGACAAUUUGGUCCUGCCAUUGAAAAAUGUAAUUUCGACGAAUAGUUUGAUCGAGAACCUUACUAUCGUAUCGUUAUCCUAAUUUUCUGAUUUUAGACGAACACAACAGCAGCUGUACCGUCUACAGAGGAUAUCGGUGUUAUACCACGGUUCAUUUGGUCCACUUUUGCCAUUUUCACAGCCGUAUACUAUUACAUAGUAGGCUAUUUCACCGGUGGUAGACGUAACGAUACGCCAAUACCACCGAGCACCGCUGUUGAGAACAAGGAUGCAGAGAAUAAAGCAGGUGGAUCGGUUCCUUCGACUGUUUCAAAUGUCGGUAGCUCAUCGGGUUUGGUUAGAAGAUAUUUGGGUAAUCGAGGAAGCACGACCAUCAAAACGGAGGGGAAUAUACAUAGAUUGCAUUCAGGUGGAGAUGAUAAUGAUGAGAAUAAUACAUGGAACGGGAAUUCAACGCAACAAAUGUAGGAUUAUUAAUAGAUCGAUCAAGUUCCAACGGGUUGUUUUACCUGUUUCACUAAUCAGAAUUUUAGAUAUGCAACAGAUAUUUACUAUCUUCGAUUAAAAAGUAUAUUUUGUUAAAACUUUUAUACAUUUUCGUUCAGACUUGCACUACCGAUCGAGUGGCGUGUCCUUUAUUUACGAUAUUACAAUUACGACGACACAAGUUUUCCUUUAAUCACGAAUCACAUUUUGUUCAAAAGAGAAAGAAAGCCUUUCUUUUUUUCUUUUCUUUUCGUUGCGUUACAUUUUCACCGAAUGAGACGUGUUUGAUUCUUCACCAUUUACGACGACACCACUUUCACUCUCGUAUCAAACGUUUAAAUUGAUAAUACACAGUAAUAAGUUACAAGUGAUAUAAGGACCAAAACGCAGCAGCUCUCCGUCUGCGAUACGACAGAUAACACACUUAUAUCCCUGGGAAAGAUAUUUCGACUAUAUAUCUUUACAUUCGUAGUAAAAGUCUCAAACUUAACCGAAGGUUUUACGUUAGCUAACGUGUUCCAAGAUUUCCCUUGAAAGGAAGAAUAAAAACAAAAACAAAAAAAAAAAAACAAGAAUUAUUUUAUUAUAUCACACUAAUCAAAGUU